CGACGGGUCGACAUAUUGGGUAGGUCUCUCUCCAUGGUCCGCGCGCUACAUACUAAACGCGCACUAUCUCCGCCAACUUAAACCUGACUAUUCUACAUUCUGUGGGAUAUCGAGACACGGGACGAUCGUUUUGAACGUGAAACGUACCUACGUAUUACGCUGAAGAAGAUGGAGGACAAGGUCAGCGGGAACGCAGCUGUGGAGGCCGCGGAGGGCAAUCCUUCUCCCGUCAAGAAGGCCAGCAAGAGUAAGGCUAAGUCGCAGCAGCAGAAAAAGAUCUCGUCGCGGCCGCCAACUUCCGAGAUGGUGACAGCGGCUAUCAAGGAGCUGAAGGAUCGCAAGGGUUCAUCCUUCCAGGCGAUCAAGAAGUACAUCGUGUCGACCUACAAGAUGGACAGCGAGAAGGUCGCGCCGUUCAUCAAGAGGUACCUCAAGACCGCUGUCUCCGCGGGCGCCGUCGUGCAGACGAAGGGCAAGGGCGCUACUGGCUCCUUCAAACUGUCAACUGACCCCAAAAAGCCGAAGCCCAAAUCUUCCAAGGGUAAGGCGCGGAGUGCCUCAUCGGCUCACUCGGACGCGCGGGUAGAGAAAGCCGCAGCGCGCAAACCAGCCGCCGCGAAGAAACCGGUUGCCGCCAAGAAGCCCGCGGCAAGUUCGAAGAAGCAGCCGGUCAAGAAGAUCACCAAGGAAGUUGCCGUGAAGAAGGGCAAAGCCGCUGCAAAGCCCAAAUCGCCAUCAAAAACCAAGAAAACGGCGAAAGCACCUGCGGCGAAGACCAAGACCCCCAAGCCGAAGAAGGCCACAGCAGCGAAGACCGUGAAGGCCGCAGCAAAGAAAUAAUUAUUCUGUCGAAUAAUUAUUCUACGCUCAUCACAAAUGGCCCUUUUCAGGGCCCAAAUCUCUUUCAACGAGGAACAAAAGCUCAAAAAUUCGCAAUUUGUAUCCCAUCUUUAAUCCUUUAAUUCAAUAUUAUAUAUAUUUAAGUUAAUGUGUUAGGACAGGUACAGACUUGUACAUACAUCCACGUAUCGCGUAUCAUCGUUUUCAAUCGAAUCACAACGAUGAUACACAAUCUAAUACAUGUUUUAUGAAAUGUUGCAUUGUGUGUAUUAAAAUUUGAUUGUGAUAUGCAAGUCUGCACCUUUACAAAAGAUAUAUGUUAAUAAUAUGACAAAGAAGAUAUUUAUACAUAAAACUUUAAUAGAAUGCAUAUUACUCCAUAUUAGAAUUUUACAGUUUUUUGAGUUUUUUUUUUAAUUACAACUUUAGUAUAUUCAGCUUAAGUUUUUCUUGCUCUAGUCUGAACUUUCUCUCUUCUCUCUGUUAAGUUGAGCACGAAGAAUUGUUAAUUUUAGUGUAUUUUCUUGUGUGUGUGUGUGCCAUCUGAAUUCAUUGUUAUCGUCAAUAAUAGAUAUCCCAUUGUCGUGAUUAUUGUCAGAGUAUAUUUUCUGUAUCUUACAUACAGGUUCGAUAAUUUCAGAAGAUAACAUUUUUUCGGAUGAUUCAGUAAUGUUCAUCAAAUUUUCCGAGAUAAUCGUACUUUGCAUACAAAUAUUAUUUCUAGAAAAAGAUAAAAAUUAAUUUUUUCUUCUAUUUUUAUUUGCUAUCUUCAAUAUGACAUGAGGUUUACUCUCUAAAAAAAGUUAAGAUAAUCAACAUCUAAAAGAUUUGAUAAAAAGAUAAAAUAAAGAUAAUCUAGCAUACUUUGUCCGAAGGACGUGACAAAUCUCGCGAUGUCUAUCCAUAGUUUACAAUGAUUACCUUUGAUUCAUCAAGUAUUUCAUCUGUAUGUUUCAUAGAUUCUUCAAUAAACUGCAUGACAAUAAGAUGCAUGAACAGCAGUGUGACAUAAUUCACUGAAACUACAUAAUUCAUCUAAUAAUUACUUAUAUUUCAUAUUUUAUAUAAAGAAAAUUGUUUUUUUCUUUUUUACAAGAGAAAAACUAUCGAAAUGUUUUGAUUUAUAAAUAAAUUUUGAAUUUCAUGUAUUCAGUUAAAAAAUUUUCAUAUUAGAGUCUAAAAUAAUAUUAAGGAGAUUAACACUUUCCAUCUGUGAUACGCGUUUCUCGUACCUCUCCUUCCUAGUGAUGGACAAAUAAUCGAUUAUCUAGAAAUAAAUAAUCAAAAACAACCAAUAAUAAAAAAAUUAAUCGAUGUUAAUCGAUUACUCAAACAAUUAAUCAAAAACGACUUUUUUUUGUUUUUUCUUGUUCCUUUGACAAUGAGUUCAAUUAUUUGCGAUAUUAUUGGACCGCUUUCUAGCUAGACGCACAUGGCCUUGUUUACAUCAACUUAAAUACGCGUACUGUGUGUAAGUGUACACUGACCAAUCAUAGCCAUUCCUCUAAACCUAAAGCUCGUAUCAAACUGCCGACUGACUCUUAUUAAUUUGUCCGAUAAUCCCCUACAUUAUUUAAAAAAUAGAUAUCCAGAAAUUUUUCAAAUAGCCUUAAAAUAUUUAUGUAUUCCAGGCAGUUCUGUACCUGUAGAACAGUUAUUCUCUCUACUACUGGAUAUAUUUCUGAAAAAAGAAACCGAUUAUCCUCCAAAAA